UGCUACACAGUUUGAAAAUGCAGGUCGUGUCAUGCUUUGAAAAAAAUCAUUUUAUACUUGAAUUUGGUGGAAAAUGUCGGACCCUAAACGUGCUACUCUUAUAACAGUGGGUGCUCCAAAAAGUGCAAAGAAGAAUGUGAAUAAAACAGUGAGAUUAACUAUAAAUUUGGUUGAAAGCAACGAAAGUAAAUAUCCGGAGCUGAAUUACAAGGAACUAGUCAUUGCAGAAGAGAGAAAGAAAAAGGUUGAAAAUGGCAAAACCCCAGGACUGGACCCGUUCUCCGACAACGAUGAUGAUGUGGCAAGAGUCGCUAGGAAGUUUGAACAGAAAUAUGGCGGGAAAAGCACGUAUGGCCGAACCGGCCGUUCCAAACACGACGACUUUGCCGACAUCGGAGCGGGUUACGACGAGAAUGACUCGUUUAUCGACAAUACGCAUGGGUACGAUGAGAUGAUCCCUCCAGAAUGCGACACGCUAUACGGGGGUUUCUACAUCAACUGCGGCUCGCUGGAGUUCAAGACUGUUGAGAACCAAGUGGCCAAUCAUUCGGACGGAGAGCCUGGGAACAGGAGGAAUAAGAGACGAAUGAUAUCAUCAAGCAGCAGUGAGCAGGACUCUUCCGAGAGCUCUUCGGAGUCGAGCCAAGACGUGAAGGACAAGCCCGUCGCGAAUGGAGAGGUCAGCUCGCAUAACACAGAGCAUCGGAAGAAGGACAAGCCCGUCGCGAAUGGAGAGGUCAGCUCGCAUAACACAGAGCAUCGGAAGAAGGUACGAUGGUCUAGUUGCGGCCAAGUUACUUGGCUAAUUGAGGCCAAGUGCCAAGUAAUGAGCAGGACUCUUCCGAGCUCUUCGGAGUCGAGUCAGGAUGUCAAGGACAAGCCCGUCGCGAAUGGAGAGGUCAGCUCGCACAAUACAGAGCAUCGGAAGAAGAAAAACAAAAAUAUUGAUAAGAAGAAAGCCAAGAAAGUCCGAAGAACAGACUCCUCCGCAGCCAACUCUGGGAAACAGACGUCUGAUGACAACGCUCACGGAGACGGCGAGAGCGCGGACUCGCGUACGUCGCAGUCGGACUCGCUUACGUCGAAGCCCGCGCCUUCCUCCGAGAACGCGGCCACUUCAGACAGCUCCAGGGAUGCCGAGAAAGUGGAAGUGAAACUCCCCCCAUCAGUGGUCCAAGUGUUGGAAGACCUGGAGGCGGUGGUGAACCGGAAUUUCGUAGAGACGCCCAACCUCGCCGCCAAGGAACUGGACGCCAAGACUGAUCAGUAUCUCAUCAGGUUAGAACGCGUGUUGUCCAAGAACGGAGUCGAUCCCGCGUCUACCAAAGCGGCUUGGACGCGCGCGGCGCGGUGUCUGGGCUCCACUCGAUCUAAACUCCACCAGCGAGUCAAGUCGCGGCCGGAGAACCACGUCACGACUGAACCGCCACCGCCAGCGCCCGCUGCCGCCCAGUCAGCCGCCAGCAAGCGUAAGGCUGACGAUGACGAUGAUGAAGACUUCAGCCGCCUCACCGCCGCCGAGAGGGAAGCCAAGAUUGUGGAGACACUGCAAAGGUUAAAAUUGUUAAUAGAAGAACGCAAACCAGACAUGAUUUCAAAUUACAACGCCGAAUGUGCACGGGUCCAGGAAGAGAAGAAGAAACUCCAAGUGGCUUCAGCGGUCGAGGGCGCGCCCGUCGUAGAAAAGCGUCUGCCCAAGCGCAGGUUUCCGUGGUGCCCGCGGUCGCGCGCGCUGUUAGUCCGGCUGAAGCGGCUGGCCGGCUCACACGAAGCGGCCGCUACGUUGCUGGCCAAGCGGGCGCUGCCGCUGUUUCCCAACGGAUUCGUGCGCAUGCCCACGCUGCUACGACAGGCCGAGUGA